AUGAAAGCAUCAAGGUUCAACGAAGCCUUCACCAGAGUUAGAGAAAUGGGUUUUGAACCGACGGAAACCAACUUUGGAAAUGCCGUUGCGGCAAUCGGAUGGUGUAGUAAGUCGGUCUGGGAAGGGAAAAUGAAUCUUUUCAGGAGCUAUGGCUUAUCCGAUUCAGAGAUCUUGAAAGGGUUCAAGAAGCAACCGAGGAUCAUGAUGUUCCGACAAGAGAACACGAUAAAAAAGAUGAAUUUCUUCAUCAAGAGAUUGCAUUGGUGCCCUCAGAAGGUGAUGAUGGCUCCGCAUGUUUUGUUGCCGAGCUUUGAGAAGAGAAUAAUUCCUCGGCUCUCUGUUCUGUAUCUUUUGGUAACCCGAGGAGAGGUUGAGGAGAAGGAGAUCAGCUCGGUUAUGAAUUUUCUGAAAAUGGCUGAAAGAGAGUUUGUGGAGAAGUUUGUUGCGGCGUACAAAGAUCGAAUCCCUCAGAUCUCGGAGGCUAACGAGGGGAAGCUGAAGAUGGAGGAGAACCUUCAUACACUAAACAAGGUGUUCAUCAGGAACGAGUUCUUGGCAGGUGAGGAGGUGACAUUAUGA